AUGCUCGUUCUCGAGCACACGCGCCGCCAACAGUACGUGGACUUUGGUUUUGACCCCGAGCAAUACGUCCCAGCACCUUUUCCCGGUUUAGCCAUGGACUCGUAUGAGUCGGCCGACAACAUGACCUUCAACUUUCACGCAUUGCCCUAUUCCUACUUUGAGAACCCAUCCAUGUUUGCAACAGCACCGCAAUCGCUCAAGCACGAAAUACCCCUGAUGCACGAAAUGCCGCCUGCCCUGAUCUCGUCGGGAUCAGUCCAGUCGAUCCCCAGUGCCUCCUCGUCGACGGUUGGCUCCCCGUAUUCCGGACCAUCCCACACCAUCUCCAGCCAGGACGGCUUCGAUAACGUGGGUGCGACUUAUGGACUCGGUGUAAUGCCAGCCAUUGCCCAUCACGACUCGUUCUCACAGGACCUGAUGGGAGCUUCGAUGGAAGCCGAUUUCGCCUUUGAAAAGCUUCCGGAUAGUUACGUGGAUCCAUCCUUGAUUCAUGCCUCGCGACCGUUUGGGGAGACAGCCUACGCUGAAUCAGCACUCUUUCCACCUAACAUGAACACCUUCACCAACACGUCACCAUCCGGUUCUCCUGCUAUGUCCCCCCAGCCAUACGGCAUCUUCCCUACUACUCAGUUCUCCGACCCUAUCACAAACUCCAACUACUACCAGCAACCCAACAUGCCCAGUCGAAGACCAUCGCUCGCUUCAUAUGUUUCUGCAGGUUCGCAUGUCAGCACUUCAUCAGAGCCUGGUGAAGACGGUGGCCAAAAGGGUCGCUGCCCUCAUCUGGAUUGCGGCAGGAUCGUCAAGGAUCUCAAGGCUCACCUGUUGACCCACCAACAUGAGCGACCGGAAAAAUGCCCGAUCGUCACAUGUGAGUACCAUCACAAGGGUUUUGCGCGAAAGUACGACAAGAACCGACACACCUUGACCCAUUACAAGGGCAACAUGGUGUGCGGCUUCUGCCCAGGCUCUGGGUCGCCCGCGGAGAAGAGCUUCAACCGAGCAGAUGUGUUCAAGCGGCACUUGACUUCAGUACACGGCGUUGAACAAACCGCGCCCAACAGCCGCAAGCGCAGCCCCACGACAAACCCUCCCAAGUUGUCGAGCUAUUGCCAAGAUGCCACAGGCAAGUGUUCGACCUGUUCAGCCACCUUCACCAAUGCUCAAGAUUUCUAUGAGCAUCUUGACGACUGUGUGCUGCGUGUGGUUCAGCAAGAGGAACCUAGCGAGGCCAUCAACGCACAACACCUGGCCAGCAUCACCGAUGACAACGACGUCAAAGAGACCUUGGACCGUCACAUGCUCAAGUCUGAAGACGUCCCAACAACCUUUGGUGGAGACGACGACGAUGACGAAGAGGAUGAGGAUGAAGAGGACGACGAGGACGACGACGAGGAUGCGGACGCGUCUUUCAACGGCCGCUCCGGACGCGGUGUCAUCAAGUCAAAGACGGCCGGCUCAGCGCGAGCUGUCAUCGCUGGCGGCAUUUCCAAAUCCACGAAGUCAUCGAAGAAGGGUAUGACUUGGUCCAAGGGAGGUGUGUCUCUCCUCGGCAAGGGCCGCAAGAAGAGAAAGCACUACCCACCGUCGUGGGGCAUGUCCGCCGACAAGAUGCGGAUGAAAAAACGGGUGCUCUGCGUAUACGAUGGUGAACGGCGGCUCUGGAAAGAUGACAUUAUGCUGCACAAUGAAUUUGAAGUGCGCAUGUCGCUACCCGACGGCAAAAGCUACGUGACAGACCUCGAUGUCGAGACCCUGAAGAGAGCAGAGGCAUUCCACAACGCCACUCAAGAGGAGAAAGGCCCCUGGUUGCCCUUGACCGAAGCGGACACUCAGGCCUUUGACCUGAAUGCCUUGAUGGCUUGA